ACCUUGCCUCGGCCAAUCCUCGGUCCAGCUCGGAGGUGGGAACUGUUCUAUCUCCACGACCAGAAGGAAACCUCCGACACUUAUUUUUGAUAAAAGUUAACGUAAUAACCUGGGAUUCGGUCUGUGUCAUCUAAUACCAUUUAAUGCACACGCUGAUGACUCUUAACUUGUAAUUUUGGAACGCUACGCCAGAGCGGCAGGCCCUUGGCCCACGAUAAAACAAAGAACUAGGCUACAACACAUGAACGUGCAGACUGGGUUGUGGCUGUAGUUUGACGCUGCGAGGUUGUGAGUUUGGUUGCGGUCAGUCAUCAUGUACGAGGUCAUCAUCCUAAAGGAGGGCUACAGCUCUAUGGAUGAUGCUUCAUCUUCUCAGAUGAAGGCCAGUGGCUCAUCCACUUUGCUGAAAGGACCUCAAAAUAUCAUCGUGGAUACUGGCAAUCCUUGGGACAGGGAGCUUAUCCUGGAGAGGUUGCUCCAGAAUGAAAUAUCGCCAGAGCAGAUUAGUUACGUUGUCUGCUCCAGUGGUCAUGUUGACAAAGUGGGCAACCUCAAUCUGUUCCCAAGGGUCCAUAUUGUUGGGUUUGACCUCUGUGUCAGGGAUCAAUUCUACAUCCACGAAUUUGAUCAGGGCAUCCCGUAUGAGAUUGAUGAAAACGUAGAGGUCUUUCCCACGCCUGGUCACACAGGUGCUGACGUGUCGGUCAUCGUCAGGAAUACCUCCCACGGGACGGUCGUGAUCGCCGGGGACCUGUUUGAGUGUGAGGAUGACCUGGAAAACCCACACUUGUGGCAGCAGAACAGCGAGAAUCCCGAGCUCCAGCAGAGUUCUCGUCUCCGCGUCUUGAAGAAGGCGGACCACAUUGUACCGGGCCACGGUGGAAUGUUCAAGGUGCCAGAAUCCUUCAAAAGUCAACCGCGCUCUGUGUUGAUCUAUGAGGAGUUCACUCACACGUGGGGCUCGAAUUUUACAGAAACUGUUGCCUACAACGUGUUCGAGGUGGACUAAUGUGAUAGUCCAAUCUCUAGGUACGUCGUGAUGUCGGGCUUUGCAAGGGCUGUGAAAACCGUAUUACGUGUAGUCAGCAUGGAUGUUACCUAUUUUACCCCUUGGUCGACAUUGGCCUGAGGUAUUGUUUCAGGUGUUGGUGUCAGUCCAACUAUACGUCUGUUCCUUUAGCUUCGUCUGUCUUCGUAAACACUCUGUUCCCUUUACGCUUAUAGCCGGUUUAAAAAGCAAGAACUUGUAUCACAAGAAAGUUGUAAUGAUGCAGUGACCAUUGAAAAUAAUUCAGACCUUUCGCAGGGUGUAAAUGUCAUGCUAAGGAAGUAUGCAUGACCUCAUUAUUGCCUAAUUUGCAUACACAAUGUUUCAAAUACUUGACACUGCACUUACUUGAGUUUUCCGCAAUGCACAAGAAGGUUGACCUUGGCGGAGGGUAAAUGUGAACAUUCCCUCUCGUCACCACAGGUCUCGGGAUAGGACUCUCCAGUGUGUAUCAAUUUGGAGUGUUCACAUUUCCCCUACACCAAGAUAUACCCGGCAGUGUGAAGUUGAUUGGGUGAAUGGUCAUGGAGAAAAUGGGCAUGAGGGACAUGGAUGGAGAUUCCUUUCUUUAUGAAGUCAAGGAUUGUGCUUUGCCUCAAAAAACUUUGUGAGCUCAUCAUUAGUGAAUUUGCCUACGCAGUUUGUGCGCAAGGGUUCUUUUAUAGUUAUGAAGUAUUACCUCAGAAACAAUUUUACUGUCACCCUAUCAUUUUUUCCUACAGACCCAGAAUUUUGAAGGCAGUAUCCACUGAAAAUAUUUAUAACUUCAUCAUUGUCUAGUUUCCGUGUGCAUAUUUUAUCAAUACUCAGCGCUGCACUUCCUUAGGUCCUCGUCAAUAGACGCAACAAGUACGAAAUCGAGCGGAUAAAAAGUUAAAUGAAAUUAUAGAUGAUACUCCAGAGAUUCCUUCUUUUGUAGUUCAAACUUACAGAUGUAGAUUUUGUGACAUGAUAUCUCUUGAACCUUUUAGUGUAAACAUGUUGAUCCCAUAUACGCACCAAGUCAUUGGGAACUACCCUGUGAUUGUUUCAGUGACCUUGAAUAUUUUUUUCAAGGUUUUUGGGCUUGUGUCUUAAUUAACUUGUAGACGCACUUUCUCAUGCUACUGUGCUUAGAGCUGAGGGGUAUGAUUAAUGUAUUGCACAGUGUUUUUCUAUUUUCUUGUUUGUUUUUGUUUGUUUAUUUACACAAGUCAUGUGCCAUUCCUACACCUUCCCUACUUGUUUGAUGGAUUUGUUACAGGAUACACCAUAUGACCAGUACUAGUAUAAGGUGUUCUGCUGAUGUUCUCUAUACUAUAGCAAGUAGCUUUUUGUCAUUUCUCUCCUGUAUUUAGUACAUUUCAUGUAUGCAUCUGUCCCUUCACUGAAGUCCUAGUUUUUAAGCUCUAAAACACACGAGAACAAAAGGUGAUUGUUGGCUGAAAAUACAAGUGUGUGUAAUUGAAAAAAAUAUUGGUUGUAGGUGUCUUUAAAAACAUUUUGCUCAUGUUUUUUUGGAAAACAAUUUUUCAUACAAUGUAGUACAUAUCCAUGUAGGUGUGUGUAUUGGUGUCAUUUCGUAUUACAUAAGGUAUUCUUGGCAAGGUGUGAUAUGUUUGGUUAACAUUCACACUGAUCCCUAUUGUUAAUGAACCAGGGACCGAUUCCACAAACCCAUUUCUGGCUUUAAGUCGAAAUUUUAAAUCUUUCCACAACGCUCAGUUUUUGGUACUGAAAGUUGAAAUUUGGAUACAUGUGGCAAGAGAUAAAACUGGUGAGGUGGACAAAAUUGUACAUUAUAAAACCGAAAAAAUGAGGUUAAAGAUCGUAUUUUAAAUUUUAAAAAUGUCUUGAUGGAAUCGGUCCUUGGACCAAAUAUAUCAAGACGUGUACAGUAAUAGUAUUCCCAUGGGUGACUAUUAACUUCCGUUCAGCUAGUUCUAACUGGUGUGGUCUCAAUUCGUAGCCAAGUUUAUUUAACAGCUCUCACUUUGUGGAAGCAAUAAUAAUAAUUCUAUUUGCAAACAUGCUAACAAACAAUCUGUUGAUGAUUUACUUCAGCCAUGACUACUUAUUGAAAUGUGUUACGUGCAUGUGAAGUGAAAUAAAACAUGUAUAUU